AGAGCAAGAAGUUGGGGCGCUUAGGCUGGAGAGCGGCGGAGGGAGGGGGCGAGGAGCCGGGAAGAGCGCUAAGGAGGGGGGGGGUCUCCUAGGAGAAAGGAAGAGGCGACGGAGGGAGGGGCGGCGCAGGGAGGAAGAGCCCCAGGAAAACUUGGCGCCCGCUUUUCCACGAGUUCGAAUCCCGAUGGGGCCGAGUGGGGGGGGUCAAAGAAGUGCAUUUUAAUUUUGAUUCAGGGAGGCAAGUUUGAGGCAGCUGAGGAGUGAAGAAGGGAAGGAGGGUCAAGGGUCAGUCAAAGUUUGGUUUGAGGGAGGCCCUUGCCUGGCCAAGGAGGCACUAGGCUUUGAGGGCCUCCCCACCAUCCCUAUGGAACCGGUCGAGGCGAGCGAGAGGACCCCCCUCCUAGGAGAGGCCCCCCGUACCCCCCUCGGCACCAGCGUCUUCCAUGGCCGGCGCCUGGCGUGUGCGGCGGUGCUCUUGGCUGAGCUCUUGGAGCGCGUGGCCUUCUACGGCGUCACCUGCAACCUGGUGCUCUUCCUCAACGGCACCCCCUACAAUUGGGAGGGCCCCCAAGCCAGCCAGGCCUUGCUGCUCUUCAUGGGCACCACCUACCUGGUCUCGCCCUUUGGCGGCUGGCUGGCCGACGCCCUUCUGGGCAAGUUCGCCACCAUCUUGGUCAGCAUGGCUGUCUACCUGCUGGGCAUGCUGGCCUUCCCGGCCAUGGCCUUCCCCGCCACCCGGCAGUGGCUCUGCGGCGAGAUGCGCCCCUGGCCCGUGGAGAACUGCUCGACGCCGCUGGCCGCCAAUGCCACGGCCGCACCGUGCCAGCUGGAAGGAGCCGCCCGCUACUGCCUCUCCGCCACCUUUGUGGGCCUGGUGCUUGUGGGCAUCAGCGUCGGGUCGGUCAAGGCCAACAUCACACCCUUCGGUGCCGAUCAGGUCAAGGAUCGAGGCCCUGAAGCCACUAGGCGUUUUUUUAAUUGGUUUUACUGGAGCAUUAACUUGGGAGCCAUCCUGUCCUUAGGAGGCAUUGCAUAUAUCCAGCAGAAUGUGGAUUUUCGCACUGGCUACAUCAUCCCAGCUAUUUGCAUCGGGGUAUCCUUCUUUGUAUUCCUGUGCAGUCAAAGCGUCUUCAUCACAAAGCCCCCGGAUGGCAGUGCCUUCACGGACAUGUUUAAAAUUCUAGCUUAUUGUUGCUGUUCCCAGAAAAAGUCAGAAGAAUAUACCAGGAACAGGGAUAGCCAGGGUAUCCUUCAGCACCAGCCUCCCAAACAAAGUCUCUUUGAGAUGGCCAAAGCCUCCCGUGGAGGACCGUUCAGGGAAGACAAAGUUGAGGAUGUCAAAGCGCUUGUUAAAAUCAUUCCUGUCUUCUUGGCUCUCAUACCUUACUGGAUGGUCUAUUUUCAGAUGCAGACGACAUACGUCCUCCAGAGCCUGCAUUUGAGGAUCCCACAGUUUUCAAAUGCCACCUCUAACAGCACUUCAAGCAGCCAUACAUUCCCAGCUGCUUGGCUGACCAUGUUUGAUGCAGUGCUAAUCCUCAUUCUCAUCCCUCUAAAAGAUAAAGUGGUUGACCCCGUCUUGAAAAGAAACGGCCUCCUUCCAUCGUCACUGAAGAGAAUUGCUGUUGGGAUGUUCUUUGUGAUGUGUUCUGCCUUUGCUGCAGGAAUAUUGGAAAGCGAUAGACUAAAGGUUGUGAAAGAAAAGACAAUUGAUCAGAGGAUUGGGACGGCAGUGUAUCAUGCAGCUGAUAUGUCCGUCUGGUGGCAGGUCCCUCAGUACAUUCUGAUUGGUUUCAGUGAAAUAUUUGCAAGCAUUGCAGGUCUGGAAUUCGCAUAUUCAGCUGCUCCCAAGACUAUGCAAAGUGCUAUUAUGGGUCUCUUUUUCUUUUUCUCUGGAGUCGGAUCUUUUGUUGGCUCGGGGCUUCUGGCAUUGGUGUCUAUUAAAUCCAUUGGCUGGAUGAGUAAUCACUCGGAUUUGGGUAACAUAAAUGGCUGUCAUUUAAACUAUUACUUUUUCCUGCUGGCGGCCAUCCAAGGAGCGACCCUUCUGCUUUUUCUUAUCGUAUCUGUCAAAUAUGACCGUCAAAGAUCCCGGACUAAUGGACCCGCUUCUGGUGGGCGAACCAGACAAGAUUUGCAGUAGAAGAGGGUUUGAUCGGAUUGACUAGUGUGUGCUAACCAUUGAAUCCAUCAUUCUGCGAGAGUCUUAAAUGUAUGAGCAGUGGGACAUUUUCUUUAAACUUGCAUGAUGAUUAAUGUUGACUUCUUGUCUCAUACCACGCCCCUUCCCUGCAUUCCCUUGUAAAGGUAGGUAAGUGCCUUAUGUUUAGCAAGAUGAUUUUCUUUGUCUUGCCCUGUGCCCUGAGGUGUGGCAUGACACCUAUUUUUCCAGUGCAUUACUCCUUGGCGUCGUCGGCCUGCCACGAUUAUUCCAAGCUGUUUUCUCCCAUUUGUUAGUGCCAGAAAUGGAUAGCCUUUGGAAACAGAGCUCACAAAUGACUGCCACUUUGGAAGCAUUUCUGGUCUGUUAUGAAGGACUUUGAAAGAAGCGGAUGAAAACGCCGAUUGCCUUUUCCUUUUUUUCCUCUCCCUACAAUUAAAAUUUCUCCUUAGUGGAGCAGCUAAAGAGACGGAUUGAGAACUAUCUCUUGUUCAGCCCAACAGGUUGGAGAAUUGAUUCUGUUGGCUAUAUGGGAAUGAGAUGUGGGAGAAUUCCUGCACUGGAUAAAAAGGGAUGGAACUGAUACGUUUGUGCUUUUCAGAAGAGAAGACGCUACAGCCUUUGCAAACGAUUUUGUGCAGACAGAUGGUAUUUCGGCUGCUAAAUGGCAUGGUUUGUUUUUGUUUUGUAUUGGGAUUUUUUCCCUUUUGUACACAAAAUAAUUUUUGGAUCUAAAACUGAGCUGGUAUCAAAGUUUUCUUUUUUUUUUUUUUUUCCUUUCUUUUUUGUGUCUUACCUUGAAUUAUCCUUUUCUAAAGUGGGAAUUUAAAGGUUUCCCAUCAUUGAGAAAAUGACUAUGCUUUUCUUAAGUAAACCUGUUGCUUCCAGGUUAUUGGUUCCCUUUCCUACUGAACAGCUGAUGUGCAGUAAGGAGUAGUAAAGUCAAGGAUUGGAAUCCGCGUUGUAGGAAGGGUGAAUGGACACCCUCAGGAGCUCAGUGAUCCAUUGGUGGAGAAAUAGGUAGCAUUACUUUGUGGAAAUGAGCCCACCACAAAUAGCCAUCAUGAGCUAAUAUGAUAUCCAAGAAUUAUGUGUCACCAAGUCUUUGGGAGGUAUCUGUUGAGAUGUUGAACUGUAACUUCCCCGAGUGACAACUAGCCACCAUAGAAAAAGGUGGAAAACGGUAGGAAUUGCAGUAGACUAACAUCUCCUGUGUGGAUCCCAGUUCAUAAAAAUCUGCUAUUAAAAAUAGCUGACUUGCAGAGUCCGAAAGAACACACUAUAUAGAGCAAUCCUGAACUUUUAGUGAUUGUUUUUAGAACCGUACAAUUAUGAAUGAGUUUCCGCAAGGCCUUUCUCAACUCUAGUAAUAACCUAUUACUACUAAUUUCAGCCAACACGUACCUGGCGAAGAAGAAAGUUCAUUAUUUCCCACAGGGCCUAAUUUUAAUUGUAUGUCUUCUGUCGACUUCGGUGGCAGUGACAGCAGAGCAAUAUGUAAAGCAGCGUUUUGCACAGAAAUAAUGGCAUCCACUGGAGACAAAAAGAAAUAACUUCAUUUAAUAACGGAUUGGUUUUUAAAAGGUUUUCUUUGGUCUUUAAUUUUUAUGCAUAUUUAAACAUGGGGGGGAGGAGGCGAAGCUUUGGUUUACUUAUUAAAUCAAAUUAAUUUAAACAAAACUGUUUACAAAACCCUUGUGCUAUGAGCCUGUGUUCUGAAGUAAAAUAAAAAUAGGCUACAUAUA